AUGUUGAAGGCUGUGCAGGUGAAGAGGAAGCAGCUUGACAAACUUAACAAGAAGCUUGACAAGAUGGAGGACCUGUCGGAACGUGUGGCAGAGGAUAGAGCCCUGCUGCAGAUGCAAAUUGCUUUGAACAACAUGCUUUCGAAUGAUCUGGAGCUCUGCGAUUGGGCCCUCAAGAACGAGGUAGCUUGCUCUUGGUGGGAUGGUCUCGGGGAGUUCGUGGACACUGUUCGAGAAAGUGUCGAAGAGCUAAACGAACAGCGUGAAAUUGAGGGCAUUGAUCCUGCAACUAUUGCUCGCAUUGAUGCUUUGGUCGGACAAGUACCAGAUGUGACAGAUUUUCAGUCCUAUUUGGAUACCUUCGCAGAUGUGUGGGAGACCUAUCACAGGAAUCACCGAAGGUCGAAAUCUAAAUCUCGUUCAGCUGGAAGUGUCGAUGUCUCUGGAAAAUCACGUGUUGAACUCGACACCAUUGAGGAAGACGACGCCAGUGCUCGAGAGGCCCACUUUGGGGUGCCACCAGAGUACUUCUCGUCGAGCUUUUCGCUGGAGCAACAUCAGAUGUUUCGGCUGUCGUUAGAAGUUGUUGUGGACCGACAAGAAGACCUGCAUGGGGAGCUCUCCGGGUACCUGGACUUGGUUGAAGUUUCACUCUUCGAGCACAUCAGGAAAGCCCAGCAAGACCACUUGUUUGAUUCCUUGGCUUCACUUGGGGAGCCCUUACAGCAAGACUUGUUUGGGGCAGCUGAUGUCAUCCGCACGCUGCGAAAGCAUUUGAAACAGGUACAGAAGAGACAACUUGAGUGUGGCCUAGCUGUGGGCCGGCUGGCACGGAGAAAGCGCCGUGUGCAAGAAGUUCUCCACCGCCUAGAUUGCUUGGAGCACGUCAGGCAAUGCCGGCCAUCAAUUCAAAUGCUGCUACAGGGGCGGGACUUCAUCACUGCCCUGGAUUUGAUUGACAGCACUACAUCUGCACUUGAUUCCAAUCUGAAGGGUGUGGUCAGCGUGCAAUCCAUUUGGACUCAACUGGUCAAUUUGGGAGAGACUUUUGACCGCGCCGUUGAAGCUGAAUUCGUUCACCAGUCUUCAGAGGCGCUCUUACGCCAUGAUGAUCCGAUUUCAGAGAAUGGGCAGGAAGCAACUGAGGUAGCUGAGGUGAACCUCCGCCUGAGGCAUUUGUGUCAAUGCUUGGUCACAAGGGGUCGUCUCAGAGCUGCCUUGAACCCAACUUUGCGAGAUGUACUGCUUUCGCACAUGAAGAAGGCAAUUAGGCAGCACGCGAAAGCACUUCUCCAGGAAUUUGGUGAGCCAAAGGAAUCCAACGGAGACCAUGGAGAGGGAGACCAGGAUAAAGCUGACACAAAAGUGGAGACGGUGACUGCAGCAGAUCCUGACCAAAGUGGAGCGAGUCCAAAGGAGGCUUUCUCCCAAGAUGGUUCUGAAGCAGGUCAGAUCGCGGAGGCAGAGGCACCGAGUGCCAGAAUUGCAGAUGGCCAAAGCGGUGCUGCAUUUGGAAUCUCAUCAGCUCUUUGUGCUCUAAGCUUUGAAAGUUUUUUUGAGUUCUGGAAGAAGCUGCUGGAGUUUGUGGCCCAAAUGGCAACCCGCUUCACGGACUACGCAUUGCAGGUUCACCAAGUAGUGACCGACGCACAGCAUGCGGUGCGAGCUGGUGAAGAGUCACAGGAGGUUGCUGCAGAGCUCCAACGUCUCUUGGAGGUCACGCUUGCGCAAGCAUUUAAGAUUGUGGGCGCAUUGCUCCAGGCUCGGCAUGAAGAGCACAAACGUCUAAAGAUCCCUGAAUGGCAUAGCUUUCUGCAUUCAACCAACGAGAUGCUCAAGCAGGUCCACGAUGUUCAAAAAGAUUGCCAGAGCAAAAUGGAUUUGGCGGAGCAUGUUGGCAUUGAGACCCAAGCUGGUUUGUUGGCAAUCUCCUAUAGCCAAACAAAAUCCAUCAUCGAGGAGUUUCAUCAGAAAUGCUUGCUCCAGACGAAGCAAAUGUUGGAGCAAGAGCGAUGGGAACGCACCGAUGUGCCAGUGCAAUACAAGAAUAUUUUGGACAAGUUGUUGGGCCACGAAGUGGAGGUGCAACAGAAUGAAGAAGGGCGUGAUGAUGGUGCAGCGCCUGUGGAGCGAUAUCUUCACGUGGAAGGUAGCCACUAUUUGGUGGUCCCUGCUGUUCUUACGCUGUUGCAGCUGUUGGCAGAAUAUAUCAACCUUUGCCGAGACUUCAGCGACAUGACUCCUGAGGUAGUGCAACGGAUGUGCCAACUACUUCGGCUCUUUAAUCAAAAGGCCCACAAUUUGGUCCUGAAUGGACAGGCUGUUCAACACAAGGUCCUGCCCAACAUCAAAGCAGCCAACCUUGCCUUGAGCAGUCAGUGUUGUGGACUCAUGGCCCAAGUUCUCCCGCUUCUGCAGACUCGGCUAAACGCUGCUGGCGAAAGUCCACACGUGCAGAAUGCCCAGGCUGCUGCGAAAGGGGACUUUGUCGCUGCUUUGCUGAAUGACCUCUCAAAAAUUGCCUCUGAAUUUGCUGAGCAUCGGACAGCGCUAUUUGGAAAGCUCAGUGACCUACUGCGAGUGCACUAUGAGAAGCACUCUCAGCGUUGGCUGAAAGUGCCGCAUUCUGAGGGUCCGGACAUAUGGAAGGGAGACGCCAUGGCAGCUCUGCGAAGUGAGUCUAGUCUCGGCGAACACGAGUCUCUAGAAGGGCUUGUGAAGGACAUUACCGCAAUGUACCGUGUGUUGCUGCGGCAUCUGAAUUACGAUAGCGUAAGGAAGAUAUUCGCCCGGGCCUUCGAGGAGAUAGCGUCUUCCUUCCAACAGAGGCUUGAGCAAGACAUUCCAGCACCGUCCCCUCCAUAUUCUGACAGCUUGGGUCGUUCGCUCGGUGACCGCUUGCUGUUGGCAGCGGACCCAGCUGUUGGAGCAUCACCACGCCUCUCCAGCGUCUUCUUUGUGAUUUGGAUUCCAGCUCAGUUCCGCCCAGAAGGCAUGCAAGGUUACAACUUCAGAGGACACAAAACUACUUGUUUCGAACAAGCAAGAGUCCCCACAGUGUAG